AUGGCAGGGUCAGCGCCACUUAUGGCACUUCCAGAUGUUAGAUUCCGCGUAGGAUUGAUGGAUGGCUUAGCAAAAAGCCACAUGCAGCUUUUGGUUCUUGUUGGUAUCUAUGUUCACAGUCGUAAGGAUUUGAUGCGCAAGGAUGAGGCAACGGGCGCACAACAACGUUUAUCGAGAACGCGUGUGGACUUGUGGGGCGAGGUGCAAUCAACAUGCUUCUAA